AUGCAUCUCGCACCAUUCCUAGGCAUUGCUCUCGUCAGCACCUGUGCCAUCGUAUCAGCCAGCGCUAUAAUUCCGCGAGCACUUUCCGUGGAUGAAAUGCUUGCCUUCGUCGAUGGCGAAAUCCAAGUAGUAAACAAAGCCGCCUACCUCACGGAAACCGACAACCUGAUGCCGCCGCCGAACUUUACACACGCACUCCACAUGCGAGAUACUUUCGACUCUUCCCUCGUUAAACGAGGUUGCAAGCGUAAACACCACAUCAUAGUCAGCACAAACAUCCAGAGAUUUCUUGGGGAUGACGUCCCAAUGUCUACAGCCAUCAAAGCGGAUACUACAGACGUAACCAUCGCCGUGACAGACGGGUACGAAAUUGGGAAUUCGAUCACGACUUCUACGUCGGGCUCUGUCAAUUUCUUUUCGGAGAUGCUGGGCAUCUCUUUCGGGGUCGAGAAGGGAAGGACUUGGACGUCUUCUUAUUCGACCGCAUACACUUUUACCGUGCCAAAAGGAAACUAUGGGGUGGUUGUGAGCAACCUAUGGACUAACCGUCAUGAGGGGUACAAGAUGAGGGGUUGUGUUGGGGAAGCAGGGGAGAAGAUUUCUUAUUCGAGUGAUUCAUAUGAGAGUGGAGAGUAUAAUAAAUUGAGUUGGCCAAAGGGGACGAUUAGUAUUUGUACCUCGGAGGUGUAUCCUGUCGAGAAAUGCAGGGGGAAUGGAUUUAUUGAUUCGUAA